AUGCAAAAUCCACUUUUAGGAGUGUUGAUUACUGAAGUGCCGAUAGCUCUUAAGGUAUGAAUUGGUCAGAUCAUUAAUUAAUAAGUUAAUUAAAUAUGAUUUCAGUAUGGAAUUGUUGGUGCAAUUCUUGGGCAUGAAAUAGGUCAUACAAUAAUUGUGCAAAAUUUGACGGAUGGAUUUUAUCCCUAUUUUUCAGAGGAUGUUAAAAAUUGUAUACAAGAUCAAUUUAGUGAAACUUGCCGGAUUUAUAAAGAAUAUAAUUGCACAGUUGAAGAUAAGAAUUUUGAUGAGAAUGGAUCUGAUAUCUUUGGAUUCCCGUUCGCUUUUGAAAGAUUGAAGCAAAUUAUGGGCGAGAAGAUUCAUGUGAGUAUUCGGCAACAUAUUUUGUGUCCCAAUAAAAAACACUAUUUGUUACAGGACAAGAUUCCUGGAUCUAGACUUGGUCUAACUCAUGCGCAAGCCUAUUUUCACCUAGUUUUCAGUAUUGGAUGCUGGGUGAGAAAUUUCAUUUUUAAUUAACUGAAAUUUGCAGAAAAUGAAGUUUCUUUUUCAGCCGCAUGACGUUUUUCAAGUUAGCUGGAUUCCCCAUAGUGCCAGCAAUAUUCGAACGAAUGCUGGAGUUAUCCAAAGUCCCGAAUUUGAAAAUGUAUUCAAUUGUCCGAAAAAUAGUCGAAUGGUUCAAUCGAGAAAACAAUUUUGUCAUGUUUUAGGGGAAGAUGCGCCGCAAAAUUGA